AUGAAAUGUUUAAGUGUGAUGGUAAUUGCUGUGCUAAUUAUUGAUACUAUUGAUUGCCGAAAUAGUAUUGUAUCAAAACGUGAAUCACAACCAAUCAAUACAACAUCAACUGCAAAUAGUGCAGAAAAUAAGGCUCCGAAGUACCAUAGGACGAAAGCUAUUAACUUCAAAUUGAAAAAAAUAGCACAAAGGAGAGAUAGCAAGACGGAUUACAGCAAUCCUAUUGGAGAAUUACCGCCUACGAUACAGAACGCAGCCUUUGUGGGCAAUGAGUGCACUGCUGGUAAAACGAGAGUGAAGGAUAUAUGUGUAGAUGUUGAUUAA